UACUAAUUACCCAUCUAUAUAAAAUAUCUGUAUUGUUUUAGACGUCACUAUCCGAUCUAUUUGACGUCGCGGAUGUAGCUACUCCAUUAAGCGCCCCUCAGCCUGUUUCCCCAGAUUCCUCCGCGGAGGGUAAAGCGCGCUUGAAGAGGAAGCGACCCGCGCUUCUCCAGAGGAAACACGUUCUCGUCGUGCGCGUGCAAACUGUGCUUCAGACAAUACAGGAAAGCUAAGGUUUAUGAGUGAAGAGAUGUCUGGUGGUGUGGUCCGCGGGCCUGCUGGAAACAAUGACUGCCGCAUCUAUGUGGGGAAUCUGCCCCCUGAUAUCCGCACCAAAGAUGUCGAAGAUGUGUUUUAUAAAUACGGAGCCAUUCGAGACAUCGAUCUGAAAAACCGACGAGGCGGUCCUCCAUUCGCCUUUGUCGAGUUUGAAGACCCGAGAGAUGCAGAGGACGCUGUCUAUGCCCGUGAUGGGUAUGACUAUGAUGGCUAUCGUCUUCGAGUGGAGUUCCCCAGGAGCGGGAGAGGAGGUUUUGGGGGCGGAGGUGGAGGUGGUGGUGGUGGUGGAGGAGGUGGUGGGGCUCCUAGGGGUAGAUAUGGACCCCCCUCCAGACGUUCAGAGAAUCGAGUAAUCGUAUCAGGGCUUCCACCGAGCGGGAGCUGGCAGGAUCUGAAGGAUCACAUGCGUGAAGCAGGUGAUGUAUGUUACGCUGAUGUUUUCCGAGAUGGAACUGGUGUGGUGGAGUUUGUUCGCAAAGAGGACAUGACCUACGCCGUUCGCAAACUGGAUAACACAAAAUUCCGGUCUCAUGAGGGCGAAACUGCGUACAUCCGUGUGAAGGUGGACGGUCCCCGCAGUCCGAGCUAUGGAAGAUCAAGGUCAAGGAGCCGCAGUCGCAGCAGGAGUCGCAGCCGCAGCAACAACCGUAGCCGAAGCUACUCCCCUCGCCGCAGCCGAGGAUCACCGCAGUACUCCCCGCGCCAUAGCCGUUCCCGCUCUCGCUCCUAAACUUGCCCUCUAGGAGCCCUUGAACCAUUUGUUUUUAGUCUUUACACAAACCCCAUGUUUUAAUUCCACCCUUGUUUCAUGAGACAAUGAUCAUCUUAUGAAUGUCUUUGUUUUGUUUUGUUUUUUCUCUCCCUGCAUUGGUUAUUUUUAAACAUGCAUUUUUAACCAACUUUGAUUUCUUUUGCCCAUGACUUUUUUUUUUUCUUUUUUUUUUUUAAUCCAAAGUGGAAGUCUCUUUCAUAGACCAAACAAAGGGUUAUGUAAUGGCUCCCAAUAUUUUUGUAAAUGCCAUGUAUGAAAGUUAUUCAUGGGAUAGUGGGUUUCUCAAUUGUUUUAUGCUGUCUUCCUCUAGAUGUGACACAGAACCGAUGCUUUGUAAUAAAGGGUUGCUAAAUCUAAUGUUGCGUAAAAGGGUAAAUUUGAACUCUAGAACAAACGUCUAUUGCAUCCAAAAAAAAAAAACUUGUUGGCCCUUAGGGCAUGAUUUGAGUAACUGAACCGAUUUUAGAUAAAUUUUAAAUGAGGUGGUAUCUUUAGUUGCGUUGUAGAGAUGUACUGGUCAAACGUCGAGUUGGGUUUUUGUGUCCAAAGACAGAUUGCAGCUUUCAUGUUUUUCUCAACAUGUUUGAUUCAGUCUUAGUGUUAGGUUCUUAGUUUUAAUAGUCUGUCUUGGCCUUAAUGCUGUAUGCAUGCAUCAAAGAAGGCAGGUCUGAGUGGAUUUGAUUCUAACUCUUUGCCUCCUUUGUUUUGAUUUUGCUGGUAUCUUAAGGUUUGGAUUGGAGGAGAGGCUCAGUGGAUGCCGGAUCACUGGGAUCAGUACAUAAUGAAGAUAGGAUAGGGAAUGCUGGAUACAUGGAACAGGAUCAAUUGCUCCCAGGAUCAUAGGAUUUUUAAGGCCGCAAUUCAAAAGUAUUUCCCUACCCCCCCCUUUAUUUUCUCUAUACCUCAGUGGAAAAUGUAGACCUUUUGGCCCUUCUCUCUUUUUUUUUAACACAUUGGCGGAGCAGAUGCUGGAGCAGUCUUUGGGGAUGGAAUCGACAGGAACAGUAUGGUAAACUGAGUGCUUUUGGGAUGGGGAGGGGUUUACUCAGGCAUUUUUAGAUUUACACUGUCCCAAUGUUGGACGGUAGAUGCUUUGACAUCGCUAGCAUUUUUUCUUUUAGUGAACAGUUUUUGCCUAAAUAAAGGUUUCAUUGGUACAAAA